AUGUCUGAUGCAAGUUUUGAAACAAUGAAUGGACACAAACUUCUACCUCAUUAUCAAACAACAGCUUAUUAUGAUAUAUUAGCAUGGCUUGAUACAAUUCCAUUAUCUCGUUCAGUACGUAAUUUAGAUGCAGAUUUUGGUGAUGGAAUAUUAGUAGCUGAAAUUAUAGCUUAUUUUUUUCCUGAAUAUGUUGAUUUGGAUAUGUUUAUUAUUGCACGAAAUAUGUCUCAACGUACUAAAAAUUGGCGUAUAUUAAAUUCUGAUGUUUUACCAAAAUUAAGUUUACAUGCUCCUGGUACUGUUGUACAUGAUAUAACAAAUGGAGAUAAUCGUGCUGUUGAAUUAUUUCUUCUUCAUUUACGUGAAAAAAUUGAAGAACAUUUAAUUCGUACAGGAAGAAAAUCACGUUUACAAUGGGAAACAUGGCGUUCAUUUAAUGUUGAACGUUAUCGUUUACCACAAUUAUUAAUGACACCACGUACACCAAGACGAAUGGGACUUUUACCUAAUUAUGGGAGUUUUAAUAGAGGAGGUGGACGACAUAUUGAUCCAUAUCUUCAUGAUGAUGCUUUAAGAGCUAAAGAUGAAGAAAUUGAUGUUCUUAGAGGAAAACUAAAACGAUGUGAACAUAUUAUUAAAACAAAAGAUAAAAGAAUUCAUGAAUUAGAAGAACGUUUAGAAAAAAUCAAACCAAAAAGACCAUCACCAUAA